UAAAAAAGCAAAGACUUGUACACCCUGUGUACUCAGAGACAGCAUAGCACCAGUCGAGACGACGUUCAUUUUCCAAUUUUCAGUCUGCAACACAAGUGCAUUCAAACACAACAGUGGCGACACCUCUAGCCUCCUGCAACCAUGGCCCCCAACGCGAACACCACCACCGCACCCAGCCUCUUCUCCGCUAUUACCCUUGGCGGAAAGGAAGACCCGGUCAAGCUCAAGCAUCGCGUAGCCCUGGCCCCACUCACUCGUGUUCGCACAGGUGAUGCUGGUACGCCCACGGACCUGGUUGCUCAGUACUAUGAACAGCGUGCUACCGACGGUGGACUGCUCAUCACCGAGGCCACCAACAUCAGCCCCACGGGUCGUGGUUACUUCGGCGCUCCUGGUAUCUUCAACCAAAACCAGAUCGAGAGCUGGAAGCCUGUCACCAAGGCCAUCCACGAUAAGGGCGGCAAGGUCUUUGUGCAGCUCUGGCACACGGGUCGUGUGGGUCACCCACUCAACCAACCCAACGGACAAUUGCCAGUGUCCUCGAGCGCGACUCCCAUGGACAACGUCAAGAGCCACGCCGUCACUCGUGACGGUCGCAAGGACUACGUGACUCCGCGAGCUCUCGACAUCUCUGAGAUCCCCAGCAUCAUCAACGACUACAAACUUGCUGCCGAGAACGCCAUCGCUGCAGGUUUCGACGGCGUGGAAAUCCACGCUGCCAACGGAUACCUCCUCGAAGAGUUUUUGUGUGACAGUGUCAACUCGCGCACAGACAAGUACGGUGGUGGCAUCGAGAACCGCGCGCGACUUAUCUUCGAAGUGGUUGAGGCUGUGCUAUCCAGCCUGCCGUCGAGCAAGGUCGGCAUCCGCCUCUCUCCGUUUGGCGACACUUUCGGCUGCAAGGACUCCAACCCACGCGAGACCUACGGCUACGUCGUGAACAAGCUCAACGACUACGAUCUGGCCUACCUGCACGUCAUCGAACGUCGUGGCAUGCACGCGGACAACGCUGCUGUGCCCGAGGGCGGAGUAGCUCGCCACUUCCGCAGCAUCUACAACGGUGUGCUCAUUACAGCCGCGGGGUUCACCCGCGCCGACGCCAUGCAAACUGUCGAGGACGGAGUGGCUGACCUCAUCGCCUUUGGUCGCGACUUCAUCUCGAACCCGGACCUCGUCGAGCGUCUACGUAAAGAUGCGAAGCUGACACCGUACGACCCGAAGACGUUCUAUCUACAGCCGGACAUGCCAGUGGAAGCAGGCUACACGGACUACCCGUUCCUGGGCGAGGAGGACAAGGGCGUGCGCUCGACAGGAUUCGUCUGGGAGUCGUAAGGCGGUAGCGGUAGGACAUGCUACCCCAUAUUACAGGACGGGACUCGUUGUGCAACGGUGAGUCUGGAGAUGUAACUGGGAAGGUAAAUCCGUGUGGAUUGAUUGAACAUGCUACUUUUAUUUUUCCAACUUUUUGUGAUCGUGGCAUGAUCUGCAUUCGUUGCUCCGGCGAUCGAUGGUCCCAUUACUUCGUUUUACUUGUUAGACACGUACUAGAUGUAGGAAUUCUACAGCUGCUUGGUUCAGAUGUGCUCGUUAAAAGUAUUAUUAAACUGGUAGCCAACAUUCUAGUAGAUCGAAGAACUCACUUUUCAAAUGAGAACAUUUCGUCCACAAUGACAUGAUUAACCAUGG